GUGAGUUUUCCUCUGAUAGCCUGUACUACACCUGUAUUCACUGUAGGAAACAGUUUAAACAUCCUCCAACACUGCUAGAACAUAUGAAAUCCCAUGCUGUGAGAAGAUUUUUCUGUAGUCUCUGUGAUUACAAGAAUUCAGUGUUGCAGUGGACAAAAUCUCACAUGAGACAGCACAAGGUUACAAAUAUCAAACUAGUCCCUGUUCUUCCCAAUAGAAGUAAUGCAGAUGAGGAUUGUUUUGUCCUUGUACCGAAGAAUACUGUCCCUAAGGGUCCAAAGUCUAAGGUAUCCAAGGAUACCUUUGGAAUUCAAGAUAUAGAUAUGAUAGCAUCAAGACCAGAGGUUUGCAGAAACUUUCUGAGAUGUGCUGUCUGUGAUUUUUCUACUAAAGUUCGGAGGAAUUUGAUGAGGCAUCUGAACAUGCAUCGGCUCAGGCAGAAGCAGUAUGAGGAGGGGGAAAUAAGGGAGAUUAAGAUGUCUGUCGUAUGUCCUGUGAACCCUCCUGUUAACAUUAGCAAUGGGCCAGAUUCAAAUUAUAGCAAGAUGCAGUCUCUGCUGGGUGGGGAUGAAGAUGAUGAGUGGACAAGACAACCUAUGUCAGAUGAAGAGCUGGCGCUAAUGCCGCGUCUUAUUCCUGAAAAUGUCCGCUACGCCUGCGGGAUGAAGGAUUGCAAAUAUAUCACUAUAGAUGAGGUGAUGCUGCAGUAUCAUAUUCAAGCUCUCCACGCAGAUUGUUCUGUAUAUACUUGUCCACACUGCAGUGAUGUAACUAUACCUCUGGAUGCAAUCAGUUUCCAUCUACGAUGUCACGGCGAGCUGCUGUUCAAGUGCGGUAACUGUGCGCAUUACCACUGGCAAAAGCGCACAGCUGAGAAGCAUGCCGCGCAUCAACAUCCAGAUAAAAAGCUUUUUGUCAGAAAUGUUCGCGCUGAAGAGGAGGAGAAGAAAGAGACGAAGAAGAAGAAAAAGAAAGAGACUGUUCCCAGUAAAGCUGAACCUGUUCAACUCUCAUACCUUCCCUUUAAAUGCGGAAUCUGUGAUUAUAGUGCAGAGGUUGUUGGGGAUAUAUUAGAACACUGUACAACUGUACACGAGCUAAAUCAUCAGUACAAAUGUGCUUUCUGUACAUUUUCCAGUAAUAACAAGGUUGAUAUAGAGAAACAUUUUCCUGAAGCUCACAAAUUAUUCAACCCUACUGUACUCAAGAUGUACUUCGUAGACCCUAGUACAUGUACUCAGGACGCUGAUUCUGCCACUGCUAGAAAACCCCUGUGGAGUCGAGAAAUGGAAGGACUCAAACACAUCAGGGGUAUAUUGUAUGAUGAAAACUCUCCAGAACCUAAACCAAGUGGAGUAAGAAAACCUAAACGAGAGAAGUUCGAGCUUAACAUUGAUACGAUCAAAAAGGAACCGGAAAUGGAUUCAACUUUGACAAAACAGAAAGCAGAAUUCAUUACGGCCAAACAGGAAAUAGAAUCUGGUCCAACCAAACAGGAAAUAGAUUUCUAUCCGAUGCAAUGCAGGGUUUGCGAGGUUGAUAAAAAGAAUAUUUCUGGAUUAAAACUUCAUAUUAAACUAGUUCAUCUUAAACAGGGGAAAUACCAUUGUCUGAACUGUGAUAUAACGGCGAACCUCAAACAAUCAAUUAUUAGUCAUGUCAAGAAAUUUCACUCUUCCCUACAAGAUAAAGAAGGAGAGGGUUGGGAGGAAAGAAACGAGGAUCCAGAAACUUUUACCCAGGAGUAUUGGCGUGACGAGUGGAAUAUUCCCACUGUAUCAGAACGACGGACUCUCCUUCAACCCUUCUCAAUACAGAUUCAAAGUGUUGAGAGUUUAAACAUUAAACGUGAACCUACAGAAUCAUCCACUGGAGAAAUGUCGGAUUCGGGUCCUUCGGCCAAAAAGCCGAAACUUAUGAAGCGUGGCCGGAAGCGGAAGCCGGCGGAAGAAGUGGCUGACGAUGGGGACGAAGAAGGCUUUAUAGGUGCGAAUACAGCUAAAAUGCCCCUGAUCGAAUCUUAUUCUUCUAUCCCCGCGGACCCCCUGGUCCAUGAAAUGUCUGCUAGGCCCCUGGAGAUGUCUCCGUUUGAAAAAACUCAAAGUUUCAUGUGCUCCUUCUGUCCUAAGCGUUCACAGUGCUUAGAAAGACUGAGGAAACACCAUGAAGAAUCUCACUCUAAACUUGGAUUUGAAUACAGAGAACUUUCCCGGGACCAAGUUGUACACAUUAUUACCAGUGAUCAAACCAACUACGGGGCUGCUUUUGAAUACAAGUGUUUCUACUGCCAGGAGACUGGAGAUAUUCAGCAUCUCAGGGUUCAUACAGACACACAACACAGCGGACAAACAUUUAGGGUUACAAAAUGUCAGAAUAAGGGAGUGUCUGGGUAUCUUGAAUGCACACUGUGUGGACAUCUAAGCCCCGGAUUCGAAAAAUCAAAACAAAAAGCACAUUUCCAUGAAGAGCAUCCGUUCCAGACUGAAGUGACCUGCAGUAAGUAUAUGUUCAAGCAUAAGCUAGGCCCAGAUGCAUUUACAAGCAGUCAACAAGCUUUUAAGUUUGAUGUCCGUGACGUGGAAGGUAUGGAGUUCACAUGCCCGAAGGUUGAUGAAUGUUCCUUCUCCACUAAAUCUCUCUCUCAGAUGAAUAAUCAUCUCAGGAAACACACGAGAACCUAUAAAUGUGGACAUUGUGGUAAGACUCUGCCUGAUAGUUCAGAGUUCCACCGGCAUUCAGCUCUUUCACACGGAGAUAAGAUACCUGAUCUUGUCAAGGACCCAGAGGCUGAAGCUGAGUAUGAGGCUCUGAAAGGUAUCCUGGAGUACGGUAUACAGAGACACCUAGAGAAGAAGAAGCAGAAGGUGGCAGAUCUUCUAAACCAGACUACUACAUUACCUAGGUUGACUGCAAGGAAGAGUAUGGGUCCAGGUAGUAAGGCUGGACCAGGAGAUGUGUGCAGAAAUAUUGCCAGGAAAUCAACAGGAGCUCAGGCUAAGUAUUGGAAAGAAACAAGAUUAAAAGACCCCUACUCAUUCUAUCUUGUUCCACAGCAACCAAUAUAUCGAAAGCAAGUUAACACGAAAAUGGCGAUAGGUGGAGGGACUGAGAUUACGCUUGACGUUGAGAAGAUGUCUAAGAUAGUAAACCUUGACGCCGUUCUUGUUCUCAACGAUUGCGUCAAAGUCAGUUUGAACAGAGAAGAGCUUGAUCUCUGAGAGAGGUGUUAAACGCAGAAAAUGCGUCAUAAUUUAGAUUCUUUCAUUGUCAGUUUUAGUUGGAGAAGGUUAGAUCUCAAAUACAGACUGAGUCAAAAAAGUGCCUUUUUUAAAGCAACAUUUUUAGCAUAUGGUAAUUUUACAAU